AUCUGUUGGCAAAGAGUACUGCCAUGCUUCAGGGUCAAAGCGAAAGCAACAAGGUCGCCAUCACCAGGAGAAACAAAGUGAAACAGAGGAUCAAGAAGAGUUGAAGGGGCAUGAGUCAGGCUCCAGUCACUCAAGUUGGAGUUCAGGAGAAGAAUAUGGUUCAUCCAGGUCUGGGCGAUCACAAGGGAGCAAGCAACAUGGGCAUAAGUAUAGCUCUACUGGGUGGAGAAAGAAAGAUUAUUCAGGAAAUGGGGAGGGAUCAGGGAAGAACUAUCACAGAUCAAGCUCAAGCUACUCAAGGAGUAGUAGCCAAGAGAAACAUGGGUUCAAAGAUAAUGAGCAGUGGGGAAGGAGACGUAAUUCAAGCAUUAGCCCCUCCAGAAAAUCUGGAGGAGAAGAAUAUGAAUCAGGCACAGAUCAAUCAGGUAGAUGGAGAAGACAAAGACAUGGAUCCAGCAAUAGCCAGACAGGGGGAUUUGGGGUACAAGAAGAAGGAUCCAAAAGAGGGAGGGGAAGAGAACAAGGACAUUGGUCCAGAUCACAUCAAUCAUCUAGCUAUGAACGGCCUGAAUCUGGGGCAAAUCAGUCAUCUACCUAUGAGUAUGGACAACAUGGGUCUAGCUCAGAGCAGUACUCCAACUAUGGACAAAAUGAGUCAGGCUCAGGACAGUCUUCUAGUCAUGGAAAAUGUGAAUGUGGUUCAGGUCAGUCCUCAAAUCAGUCCUCUAGCUUUGGGUCUGGUUCUGGUCAAUCAUCCAGAGAGAGACGACAUGGAUCUAGCUCAAGUGGUCAAUCAGGAAGUUGGGGAGGACAAGGAUACAGUUCAGGUUCAAAUCAGUCCUCUAGGCAUAGACAACAUGGGUCAGGCACAGGUCAAUCUACCAGAUCUGGACAACAAGGAUCAGGCUCAGGACAGUCCUCUAGUUAUGGACAACAUGGCUCUGGCUCCAGUGGCCAUUCAGGGAGUUGUGAAGGACAAGGACAUUAUUCCAGUUCACAUCAAUCCUCCAGCUAUGGUAAUCAUGAAUCAGGAUCAGGUCAGCCCUCCAGCUAUGGCCAACAUGGAUCAGGCUCAGGUCAGUCUUCCAGCUAUGGCCAACAUGGAUCAGGCUCAGGUCAGUCCUCUGGUUAUGGCCAACAUGGGUCAGGCUCAGGUCAGUCCUCUGAGUAUGGUCAACAUGGAUCAGGCUCAGGUCAGUCCUCUAGCCAUGGCCAAUAUGGGUCAGGCUCAGGCCAGUCCUCUCGCUAUGGUCAACAUGGAUCAGGCUCAGGUCAGUCCUCCAGCCAUGGCCAAUAUGGGUCAGGCUCAGGCCAGUCCUCUCGCUAUGGUCAACAUGGGUCAGGCUCAGGUCAGUCCUCUGGAUAUGGUCAACAUGGUUCAGGCUCAGGCCAGUCUUCUAGCUAUGGACACCAUGGGUCAGGUUCCAGUGGUCAUUCAGAGCGUUGUGGAGGACAAGAACAAUACUCUAGUUCACAGAAAUCCUCCAGCCAUGGCUAUCAUGGGUCAGGCUCAGGUCAGUCCUCCAACUAUGGUCAACAUGGAUCAGGCUCAGGUCAGUCGUCUGGCUAUGGCCAACGUGGAUCAGGUUCAAGUCAGUCCUCUGGAUAUGGCCAACAUGGAUCAGGCUCAGGUCAGUCCUCCAGCUAUGGCCAACAUGGAUCAGGUUCAGGUCAGUCCUCCAGCUAUGGCCAACAUGGAUCAGGCUCAGGUCAGUCCUCCAGCUAUGGCCAACAUGGAUCAGGCUCAGGUCAGUCCUCUGGAUAUGGUCAACAUGGGUCAGGCUCAGGCCAGUCUUCUAUCUAUGGACAACAUGGAUCUGGAUCUAGUGGUAAUUCAGAGAGUUGUGGAGGACAAGAACACUACUCUAGUUCACAGAAAUCCUCCAGCCAUGGCUAUCAUGGGUCAGGCUCAGGCCAGUCCUCUGGAUAUGGCCAACAUGGAUCGGGCUCAGGUCAGUCCUCCAGCUAUGGCCAACAUGGAUCAGGCUCAGGUCAGUCCUCUGGUUAUGGCCAACAUGGGUCAGGCUCAGGCCAGUCCUCUGGCUAUGGUCAACAUGGAUCAGGCUCAGGUCAGUCCUCCAGCUAUGGCCAACAUGGAUCAGGUUCAAGUCAGUCCUCUGGUUAUGGCCAACAUGGAUCAGGCUCAGGUCAGUCCUCUGGUUAUGGACAACAUGGGUCAGGCUCAGGUCAGUCUUCUAGCUAUGGACAACAUGGGUCUGGAUCCAGUGGUCAUUCGGAAUGUUGUGGUGGAUCAGAACACUACUCUAGUUCACAGAAAUUCUCCAGUCAUGGCCAUCAUGGAUCAGGGUCAGGACAAUCCUCUGGCUAUGGCCAACGUGGAUCAGGUUCAAGUCAGUCCUCUGGAUAUGGCCAACAUGGAUCAGGCUCAGGUCAGUCCUCCAGCUAUGGCCAACAUGGAUCAGGUUCAGGUCAGUCCUCCAGCUAUGGCCAACAUGGAUCAGGCUCAGGUCAGUCCUCCAGCUAUGGCCAACAUGGAUCAGGCUCAGGUCAGUCCUCUGGAUAUGGUCAACAUGGAUCAGGCUCAGGUCAGUCCUCUGGCUAUGGCCAACAUGGAUCAGGUUCAGGUCAGUCCUCUGGCUAUGAACAACAUGGAUCAGGCUCAGGUCAGUCCUCCAGCUAUGGCCAACAUGGGUCAGGCUCAGGUCAGUCAUCUGGAUAUGGCCAACAUGCAUCAGGUUCAAGUCAGUCCUCUGGUUAUGGCCAACAUGGGUCAGGCUCAGGCCAGUCUUCUAGCUAUGGACAACAUGGGUCAGGCUCAGGUCAGUCUUCUAGCUAUGGACAACAUGGGUCUGGAUCCAGUGGUCAUUCAGAAUGUUGUGGUGGAUCAGAACAUUACUCUAGUUCACAGCAAUCCUCCAGUCACGGCCAUCAUGGAUCAGGCUCAGGCCAAUCCUCUGGCUAUGGCCAACAUGGAUCAGGCUCAGGUCAGUCCUCUGGCUAUGGCCAACAUGGAUCAAAUUCAGGUCAGUCCUCCAGCUAUGGCCAACAUGGGUCAGGAUCAGGUGAGUCCUCUGGAUAUGGCCAACAUGGAUCAGGCUCAGGUCAAUCCUCUAGCCACAGCCAACAUGGUUCAGGCUCAGGUCAGUCAUCCAGCUAUGGUGAACAUGGAUCAGGUUCAGGUCAGUCCUCUGGAUAUGGCCAACAUGGGUCAGGCUCAGGUCAGUCCUCCAGCUAUGGUCAGUCCUCUAGCCACAGCCAACAUGGUUCAGGCUCAGGUCAGUCAUCCAGCUGUGGUCAACAUGGAUCAGGUUCAGGUCAGUCCUCUGCAUAUGGCCAACAUGGGUCAGGCUCAGGUCAGUCCUCCAGCUAUGGUCAGUCCUCUAGCCAUGGCCAACAUGGAUCAGGAUCAGGUCAGUCCUCUAGUUAUGGCCAACAUGGCUCAGGCUCAGAUCAGUCCUCUAGCCACAGCCAACAUGGUUCAGGCUCAGGUCAGUCGCCCAGCUAUGGUCAACACGGAUCCAGUUCAGGCCAGUCCUCUGGAUAUGGCCAGCAUGGGUCAAGCUCAGGUCAAUCCUCUAGCCACAGCCAACAUGGUUCAGGGUCAGGUCAGUCCUCUGGAUAUGACCAACAUGGAUCAAAUUCAGGUCAGUCCUCUAGCUAUGGCCAACAUGGGUCAGGAUCAGGUGAGUCCUCUGGAUAUGGCCAACAUGGAUCGGGCUCAGGUCAAUCCUCUAGCCACAGCCAACAUGGUUCAGGCUCAGGUCAGUCAUCCAGCUAUGGUGAACAUGGAUCAGGUUCAGGUCAGUCCUCCAGCUAUGGUCAGUCCUCUAGCCACAGCCAACAUGGUUCAGGGUCAGGUCAGUCAUCUAGCUGUGGUCAACAUGGAUCAGGUUCAGGUCAGUCCUCUGCAUAUGGCCAACAUGGGUCAGGCUCAGGUCAGUCCUCCAGCUAUGGUCAGUCCUCUAGCCAUGGCCAACAUGGAUCAGGAUCAGGUCAAUCCUCUAGUUAUGGCCAACAUGGCUCAGGCUCAGGUCAAUCCUCUAGCCACAGCCAACAUGGUUCAGGCUCAGGUCAGUCAUCCAGCUAUGGUCAACAUGGAUCCAGUUCAGGCCAGUCCUCUGGAUAUGGCCAGCAUGGGUCAAGCUCAGGUCAAUCCUCUAGCCACAGCCAACAUGGUUCAGGGUCAGGUCAGUCCUCUGGAUAUGGCCAACAUGGGUCUGGAUCAGGUCAGUCCUCUAGCCAUGGUCAACAUGGUUCAGGAUCAGGUCAGUCUUCCAGUCAUAGCCAACAUGGAUCAGGUUCAAGUCAGUCCUCUGGCUAUGAACAACAUGGAUCAGGUUCAGGUCAGUCCUCUGGCUAUGGCCAACAUGGGUCAGGAUCAGGUCAGUCUUCCAGUCAUAGCCAACAUGGUUCAGGGUCAGGUCAGUCCUCUGGAUAUGGCCAACAUGGGUCAGGAUCAGGUCAGUCCUCUAGCCAUGGCCAACAUGGGUCAGGAUCAGGUCAGUCUUCCAGUCAUAGCCAACAUGGUUCAGGGUCAGGUCAGUCCUCUGGAUAUGGCCAACAUGGAUCAGGCUCAGGUCAGUCCUCUAGCCAUGGCCAACAUGGGUCAGGAUCAGGUCAGUCUUCCAGUCAUAGCCAACAUGGUUCAGGUUCAGGUCAGUCCUCCAGUUAUGGCCAACAUGGAUCCAGUUCAGGCCAGUCCUCUGGAUAUGGCCAACAUGGGUCAAGCUCAAGUCAAUCCUCUAGCCACAGCCAACAUGGUUCAGGUUCAGGUCAGUCCUCUAGCCACGGCCAACAUGGAUCUUGCUCUGGUCAAUCCUCUAGCUAUGGACAAUGUGGAUCCAGCUCUGGUGGUCAGUCAGAAAGUUGUGGACCACAGAGACAUAGUAGCUAUGGGCAAUGUGGGUCCAGCCAAGGUCAGUCUUCUAGCUAUGGACAACAUGGGUCCAACUAUGGUCAGUCCUCUAGAUGUGGUUCUGGCUCAAGUCAGUCUUCCAGCCAGAGACGAUGCAGAUCCAGCUCUGGUAGUCGAUCAGAGAGCUGUGGAGGACGUAGAUAUAGUUCCACUUCACGUCGAUCCUCUAGUUAUGGGAGAUGUGGGUCCAGCCCAUGUCGGUCUUCUAGUUAUGGUCAACAGAGAUCCAGGUAUGGCCAAUCCUCAAGCUGUGGAUCUGGCUCAAGUCAAUCCUCCAGCCAGAGAAGAUAUAGAUAUAGUUCAGGUGGAUGCCAAGGACGUAGUUCCAGUUCACAUAGGUCCUCCAGCUAUGGACGACAUGGAUCUUGCUCUAGUCAGUCUCCUAGCUUUGGACAACAUGGGUCUUAUUCAGGACAAUCAUCUAGUCAAAGACAAUAUGGAUCCUGUUCAGGUGGCCGGUCACAGAGCUGUGGACGACAAGGACGCAGUUCAAGUUCACAUCAGUCCUCCAGCAAUAGACGAUGCAGGUCCGGCUCAGAUAAUUUCUUAUGCCAAGAAUGUACUCCCUUCCCACAUCUGCCUCUUGGAAUCUCUGUGCUUUGACUCAGAGAUCCCACUGCCAGAUACUCUGAAGGAGGUCAAUGAUUAA